GGCGGCGCUUCCUGAUGAUGCUGAGUGUGACAGGACUGGAUGUUGUGGCGCUGGGCGAACUGACAGGGGCAACAAUGAUGGACAGAACGUUGGACCAGCAGAGCAGCGUGAGCUGUGCAACUCAAUGAAACCUUAUUCUCAGAGAGCGAUAUCUCCUGUGUUCGGAAUCAUGGGGCAGCAGAUCUCCAGCCAGACGCAGACGGUUAUCAACAAACUGCCCGAGAAGCUGGUGAAGCACAUGACGCUGGUCCGAGACAGCGGGGUCCUGACGUACGAGGAAUUCCUGGGCCGGGUCGCUGAGCUUAAUGAUCUAACGGCUAAAUUGGCUUCGGGGCAGGAAAAACAUCUCCUGUUUGAAGUGCAGCCAGGAUCCGAUGCCUCUGCGCUGUGGAAAGUUGUCGUACGCGUUGUGUGCACCAAGAUCAACAAGACGAGCGGUAUCGUGGAAGUCUCUCGGAUCAUGAACCUGUACCAGUUUAUGCAGCUGUACAAAGACAUCACCAGUCACGCCGCCGGAGUUUUCACCCAAAGCAGCACCGGUGAUGGUGGCGGUGAUGCAGCUGAGGAGAACAUGGAGGCCUUGUCUUCUCUCUCCUCCUGCCAAGCAAGCUUUUUAAUGGGCAAGGUUAAGCAGCUGACAGACGAGGAAGAGUGCUGCAUCUGCAUGGACGGACGGGCUGACCUGAUCCUGCCUUGUGCUCACAGCUUCUGUCAGAAGUGCAUUGACAAAUGGAGCGAUCGGAACCGCAAUUGUCCAAUUUGCCGCCUCCAGGUAACAGGGGCGAACGACUCGUGGGUCGUAUCCGACGCCCCCACGGACGAAGACAUGGCCAGUUACAUUCUCAACAUGGCCGACGAGGUGGGGCAACCCCACGACACUUUCUUCUGAUCCCAUCGCUGUG